AGCCUUGAAAUGUUGGCAUCGUGUAGUACCGGCUUUAGCAGAAGCUUCCAAACUAUAUCACGAACUGAACGUAGAAACAACUUUCUCACCACCAAAUACAAUUCGUUCAGAAAAAGAUUAACACUUACAAUUUAUUCGUACCAAUCAAUGAAUAAAAUUUAGAUAAAGUUUCAAUUUAAGAUAAAAUUUUAGACAGUUUGCAUAAGAGAAAGCUAACAAAAGGUUUCGCAAAGAUAAAGAGGAAAAAUAAAUCUAAAGUAACUGAUUUAUUUUCAGACAAAUUUUUUCGGUAAAUUGUAUUAUGAACGAGUACCUAGUACAUCUGGUAUGUGGAUGACAUCUUAUUAAAGCAGAAUCCUAACCUCUAUUUCUAUAGGUUAACCUAUAUAUUCAUUGAGUAAAUAUAUAAUUAUGUUGUUUUCUAGAAUUUUACAAGUAACUAAACGUAAAUUAACUAAAGUAAUAAUACCUGUUCAACAAUUUUCAAAUUUACACAUUCAAAAGACACCCAGUUCUUUGCCACUAUUAGCAAAUGUUUCAAGUGUGUAUAAUCCUUGGAUUUACCAACAAAAUAAUAAUUUAAAUUUGCCCCAAAAUAUUAAUUCAAAUGUUGAAUUACCAAAUUGUAUAAAAGCAAUAUUGCCAAAAAUAGAACCUAUUAAACGAUAUAUAAUUGAAGCCCCUGCCCUAGAUGAUACUGUUAAAAAAGAAGCAGUUAAAAUGAUAGUAAUUAGAAGAAAGAAGAUGAAAAAACACAAGUUGAGAAAAUUAAGGAAAAGGAUGAAGUUUGAAUGGGCUAAAAAACGACAACGAAGGGAACUAAAAAAGGAAAAACUUUUCCAAGCAGAGCUUAUUCAGCAAUAUAAAACAGCAGAGAAAUUUUCCGCAGAAGAAUAUGUGACUACAAAACUUAAAGAAUUUGACCAGGCUAGUGAGUUAUUGGCAAAAAAUGAAGCAUCUGAAAUAGAAACAAGAUCCAGUAGGAAAACAUGAAUUGAGUGAGCAGUUGAUUCAUUUUGUAACUUAUAUGUUGAUUUAAUAAAGUGUAUUAGAGUUUUCAUAAUAAACUUUUGAGCCAACUAUA